UAUCCUAUCUUGGCUUAAAAUUUGUGCAAUUUAUUUAUCUUCGCCCAAACCCAACACCAUGGAUCUCUGUGGGAAGUUGGAGACUGAUGUGCAAAUCAAGUCUCCAGCCAAAAAGUUUCAUGAAAUAUUACACUUAAGCCCUCACCAUAUGCCCAAUGUCACUAAGAACCCUAAGCAUCACAUACGAGGUUGUGAGCUUCAUGAAGGAGAAUGGGGCAAAGUUGGAUCGGUGCUUAACUGGACCUACUUUCAUGGUGGGAAAGAAUGUGUGGCGAAGGAGUUAAUCGAAGCAAUUGAUGAGGAGAAGAAUUUGAUAACUUUCAAAGUGACAGAUGGAGAUAUUUUGGAGCAUUACAAGAGCUUCAAGUUUACAAUGCAAUGCAUUCCAAAGAAAAAGGGAAGUGUUGUUCAUUGGACUUUGGAGUACGAGAAACAACAUGACAAAAUUCCAGAAUCCCAUGAGAGCUUGUUGGAGUUUUGUGUUGACGUCUCCAAAGAUCUUGAUGCUCACCUCAUGGAAAUGGACAAUAAUUAAUGAUCAGUAAGAAAAUAAUGUAUGUUUAUGUAAUACUUAGCCCUAUGUUAAAAAAUAAUGGCUUUCGGGCUUGUUCUAUGCUUCUAUGCGUUGGAGACUUAGAUAUGAUCUACUCUUAUAAUAUAUAGAAUAUAUUUGGGAAUAAUUUUAGUGUA